CUCUAAUUUCGAAAAUUUCAUGCCAAAUCGGCUCGAUUGAAUAAUUAUCCGAUUUGCUGCACGUGGCGUGACAGCAUUAACGAGCUGCAAGUGCACCUCUUUUGCUUCAAUCGAAUCUUCAUCUAGGACAGUCCGAGAAAAGAUGACAAGACUAUAGCGUUGAAAAAUAAAGCCUUCGAUGGUGAGGACGGCUCGAGGAGGAGUGCCGUGGUCGUUCUCGGCGGCAGUAUGGUCUGCGGAGGCGAUAUUGGCCUUCUCCGGACCCCCUCCCCGACCUCCCCAGAAUGCCAAUCGCCUCGAGCUGCAAAGCACAACCGCGCCCGAGAGUCACGGCGUGACAACAUCCUUGUUCCCACAGGAGGAACUUCCCUUUGUCUCUGAUGACCAAGACACGGAGGAAAAACUGGACCAACAGCUGCCCACCACAACAACGCUAUUUCUUCAAAUUCGGACCUCCACCGAAGAAAGCGUAACAAGCAGCCAACAACAAGAGGACACGAAAAAUAUUUCCGAGCUGGUUCUGGACAAUUCGCGGAAUGACUCCUGGGCCGACACGAACGCCGCCAUUCACCGGUCGACCGGCGACGCGAUCGCGCGAAAACUGAUCCAGGGAGAGACACGACAGCAUGUCGCGGGGAAGCGGAGCCUGCUUGGUCCCGGGCCGCCCGAGUCCGAGCUGCAGUUUGAUGAGGAUUCAUCUGCGUCCGCAGACGAGCAGCAGCAGGAGCAAAAAUCCGAUGUCAAACUGCUGCACCAGGGGACCAGCCACGCCCAGGACGCCAACACGUUUGGCUUUGACAACGACGAAUUGAAGUAUUCCGUUUUCCGGAUCAAGUCGGUGUCUCCACAGAACGAUUUCUUGCAGCCCUCGAAGCCGCCGGAGAGCGGGGUGUCCCUCGGUUCCGGCUUUCUGGUGCGGACCAACCUUGCGUCCGAUACGUUUGAUCCCUUGAUCAUUACGAACGCGCACGUGGUAUCGAACGCCCUGAAAGUGGAACUCCAGCUCUUGGUGCUCUCGUCGGAGAGUUUCCCGGCAAAAACCGUGCAAAUCUGCACGCAGUUUGACAUCGCGUUGCUGCGGUUCGAGAAGCCGGAGAAGUUCAAGGCGGUAUAGUAGUUUGUAUUUGUCAACAUUGUGUUCAAACAAUACUCAUAUGUGAGAGAUAGUUAUCCAUGGCCAGUCCCUUUGUUUUUACGUGGACGAGUAUUUAUGUAUGAGUGUGCAAAAUUUUCAUUUUGUCCCACCGUAGCAACGAACAUACAACAACUGAACGCCUCGGCGUUUCUUCUCGCAACGAUUUGCGUCAGGCUCAGGUCACGCAACGAAAUCAAUAAAUAAACAGGCGCUCGACGAGGGCAGCAUCGAGGUGAUCCCGCUGCAGUUUGUGUCGAAGACACCGCCGAUGGGCGAGAAAGUCCUGGCGGUCGGAUUCCCCUUGGGCCAGAACCUGCCCACGCUCUCGGGCGGCGAAAUCGCGGGGAACCAGGAGGUGGACGGAAACAUCUGUAUCCAGUCUACGGCGCCGAUCUCGCCUAUGGAUGUGUCAGAGUUGAAAUCGACAAAGUUGAAGUGAUUUGUCAUGCAUAAAAUGCGACACAGAGACUGACUCUAUUGCUGAAGGCGCAAGGGAGGCAGAUUCGAGUGCUGGUAAGGGUCAAGCAUUGGGCUGCUGACUAGCAUGACAGGGAGCAGCCAUCUUGCCCGAAACCGCAUGACAGACUUGCUUCAGAGGCCAGGAAAACUUGUCAUGCACCGACUACAAACUGUAGGUCUAACUGGUAUCCGUUUUAUGCAUGACAAACUAUUUCAACUUUGACGAUUUCAAACCUGACGCUUCCAUAUCGCCGGGGAACAGCGGCGGUCCUUUGUUGCUGGAGCGCGAGAAGAAGGUCGUUUAUCAAAAGGAAAAAUCCCCCCUCCCCAUAUCAAAACGAAACUUCUGAUGCUGGAUCUGAGUACACAAAUCAGAUUUGUAUUGCAGGAAAGCAUUGCGGUCAGAUCCCCGGGCUAGGUAGGGGCGUAUGGGUCUAGUAUUUCAGCAUGGCAAACGUCCCCCCUUUGGGCCCAACAGCAUGACAAAUCGCCUUCAUAAUGGGGCGGAAGCUUCUGCCCUUGUCUUCUUGCAAGACAGAUGUGAUUUGUGACCUCAAAUGCGCAACGCAAAUUUUUGGAAACAUACCUUUUCAAUAUGGGGAGGGGAGAUUUUUCCUCUCAAUAUCGUUGGGAUUAACUUCGCCAAGGCGACGGGCGGGGCGGAGAACGUGAACUACGUGAUCCCCUACUGGCGUGUGUUGCAAAACCUCGGGCUGUACGACCACAACCAGGAGAUCAGCAGCCUGCCCAAAGACGACCCGGGGUACGUGGAGGUCCCCGCACGGUUCCAGGUGCGCAUCCCGUCGCUGGAAGCCCGCAUUGCGUUCGGGUCGCCCGCGAUCUACGACCUGGACCCGCGGUGCAACGGCCACGGCGUUCUGUUAACGGAGAUCGACGAGCGCAGCAUGUUUACGAUGGCGCAGCCGCCGGUGCUGAUCGGGAGCUACUUGGUGCGGGUGGGGGACAGCGUCGUGGACAAGUUUGGCCAGGGCAAGAAGGAAACCUACCUGAGCGACCAGAUGAGCUACGAAAACUUGUUCUUCAUGCAGGGAGACCUCGACGCAGACUGCAACAGCUGUGGGACGAGCUGUCCGCGGUGUGACGCUCUGUACCGGAAUGUCACCUUCGUCACGUGCAGCGACGGCCAGGAAAAGACACACACGGUGUCGCUCGCAUGGAACGAGAUUUACAACCAGGGCAUCAAGUACAUCCCCGAGCCGGCCUACGCGCCACAAGACGUAUUUUUUGCGUAUAAAAAAGAAAAUACAAUAAAAACUUGUUAUGCGGUCGUGUCAAGGUCUAGGUCAACAUGAGGAUGCACAUUUUCUGGUCGUGCUAUGAAGAAAGCGCAGUUGCGGUUCGUACAAUGCAUUGGUUUUGGAUCAUUUCGUUCCCGACUGUGCGAGGGGGUAGUUGUUCCUACUGCUUUCACUAUGCGAUAGGUGGGAGGAACAGCAUGCCAGCUACUUCUUUUCCAAAACCAACCCAUUUCAGCUGGAGUACGAGUCUUUCGGUGGAAUGACCUUCAACAUGCUGUCUACGAAUCUUCUCGAGGCCCUGAUUGCCGCGAAUCCGGGCAUGCCGACGGUUGCACGGUGGUUGCUGCCAAACGAGAUCAUCCAUCCUCACGUAGCGCUGGCCCACGUGAAGCACGGGAGUGAAGCCGGGGAAACGCUCGUACCCGGACUGGUGAUCAAGCGCGUCAACGGCUGCUUGGUGACGACAAUGACCGAAUUCCGCAAGUUUUUCAUUCCCAAGGUCGCGAGGGAAUCCGACUGCGGGGCUACCACCGCAAGUGCAGCUGGCGGGAACGCGCUCGUCCUUUCACAGUCGGCAAGUAUUCAAUCUACUUACCUCUUUCAGUGAAGAACGGAGUGAUUCAUUACUUUGAUGCUAAUGCUGAAUGCAAAUCAACAUUGGCAUGAUAAUGAUAUAAGGAUCGGUGUCUUGUUACUAUUCAUUGGAAGAGGACGAGCAGGCGGCCUGUUUCACUGCUCCUCGCAUCGAAAAUCUUUUUACGUCUCUCGCUCGUGUUUCAGGUAGCGGCAGCUUCUUACAGCGUGAGUACGAGAAGAACGGCAAAGAUGCAAGUAUCAUGGACAACAUCUGGAGCAUUGAAAGCGAUUUGGGUGUGUUCUACGCGCUCCGUUUCAACGAAACGCUGGCCAAGGAGCUGAAUGACUUUUGCCAGGAUCCUCUCUUCUCCGCGUUGGACAGAAUGAUUGCAGAAGCCGCCAUGAUCACGAACAUGGGAGGUAUAGUAUGUCUCUCGGACGAAUUGUGAGAAUCACUGCUUUGCAACCACUGUAAUCAUUUGUUGAAUUUUCUUCAUAUUACAACUGAUGAGUAGAAAAAAAAAUGCAUGAGUGAAGAAAUCAUAUCUAACAAACAUCUACCAAAAACUCGCCAGAUUUGGUAUCCGACAAGUGCAUGAAGCACGUAACGGACAUUCUUGAAGAAGCGCAAAAGGAAGAGCAGGAGUCAGAGGAAGAAAGCAGCACUUCAGGGAACAACUCGACGCUUGCCCAGAAGAAACGCAACUUCCCGAAGAAGGGCCUAGACUGGCAGAAAACGGCCCUAAUUGAGAAGAGUUCAGUAGCGAAAAAGUCUUCAUCCUCGUCCAUGGCGACAUCGAAAACGGGCGUCGAGAAGAUGGACAAGUUCCUUGCAGAAAAGUCUCACAGCAGCGUCGUGCGCAGCAACACGCUCCUCCGUGCAGCGGAGGAUGUGAUGCGGGAUGCAAAGGAGUUGAAGAAUACACCGAGUAACAGUACUGCCACAACUCCAGCACCGCAGGAAAAGUCGAACGUCCCAAAACCAAAAACAACCAUCGAGAAGACAGAAAACGGUGGUUUUCACAUCCGCAUGGAAUACCCACCCACGGGAGACGCUGGCACAAGUUUGAUGCAGCGGGAGAAGAAGGCGAUGACAAACAGCAACAGCAACUCUGCGACGAAUCCUGCUGGUGGGUCGACAGAUGAUAGCCAAAAUGUAGAUGAAAAGAAGGAAGGUGAUCAGGAAAAGGAAAACAAACCAUCGGACGUAGCAGAGGAUAAGGCUAAAAAGUCCAAAAUUCCAAAACCCAUCACGACAAUGACGAAGACAAAGAACGGCGGUUUCCACCUGCGAAUGACGUAUCCUGGGGCAAACGACGCAGGCGGGUCGCUGAUGCAACGAGAAGCCAAGGCAAUUAGUCCGGACAUCGAGGCAGAACAAAAGGACGAAAAAUCAGCGGAAGGGAAGCCUCCAGUAGACAACUCCAAGAGCAGCACACCACCAGCAACACCUCCUGUAACAAAGAAAAAGGCCUCCAUCCCGAAACCAAUUACGACAGUAAGGAAGACAGAAAAAGGUGGCUUUCAUCUCCGCAUGGUGUAUCCACCAACGCAUGAAAGUGGCGGCUCUUUGAUGCAGCGUGAGGCGAAAGAGCCCCCGCCGGCACCCGCGCCCGACAGCGAGAAAGACAAGGAUGAAAAAAAAGAAGAAAAACCUGCACCCCCUCCACCGGAAAAGAAGAAAAAGUCGAAGAUUCCCAAACCAAUCACAACCAUCGAGAAGACGGAAAAGGGCGGCUUCCACAUGCGCAUGAUCUAUCCGGGCACGAAUGAUGCCGGCGGUGCUACAAGUGGCGGAUCUAGUUUCAUGCAGAAAGAAAAGAAGCGCGCUGGUGCGGGAACAACUGUAGAGCAGGGCGCCUCGUUGGAGGAUGCGGUUGUAUCCCCAAUAUCAUCCUUGGUUCAUACAGUUUUCGGCGGCACUUCUGGCAGGAGCAAAACAACGCCAAACAGUGACCAGUCCCAGUCGGGGGGACAUCUACUUCCGACAGAACAAAAUACCGAAGAAGCAAGCGCUCAGGAAGGCGCCGGAGAAGAAGCAGCGAGUAGCGGAGCUUCGCAUGUAGAUGAACAAAAUCGCAAGAUUCUGAUGAAGUCAUCGGGGCCACUACUGGUGUCGGAGGAUAUUUUUUCGGGGAAGCUUCGGACCCACUUGCUCGAAGACGAGCCGAUGGCGUAGAGGAACGAACGUCGGCGGAAAACAAAAAGGCUGUAAAACAUGCGACGGUCUAUUACAUCUAAAAAAUUUAAAUCCUGUCUUCCCUAAACUUCGUUCCACCUAAAGCAGUAGAGCGAUAAUAGGAGUACGACCCGUUUCUAGUCGUAGUCCUAGGCAGAAGUCGUUCGGAGCGAGCGGUGUCAUUUCCACGAACCCCUGUAUAAAAAGAUGACACUUGUUCGUCGUUUCAACACUUCUGCAGAAGUAUUCGCCAAUCGCGGACACAACGCGGUCUGAUGUUGCACCUCGGUGACACUGGGAGAUAUACAAAGCCGCGGUAUUUUUCAUUUUUUCAACCAAAAAACCGUUCGAUUUAGAUCUAGACAUUCGUUUCAGGAUUAACACUUCUUUGCUUUAGAAUUGAGGAUCUUCGACCAGAAUUGUUGAUUUGCCAAAAUUUACGUUUUGAAAAAUGCGAGUACGAUAAUGUCAAAUGUUUCUUCUAAGAGUCUUUAGAUUGGUUGAGAACACAGCUCCUCUCGAUUUCCACGAAAAUCGACCAGAAUUUUCACGAAGGCUGGAUUCCGAAUGUGCUUGUAUACUUCUACACACCGUUGGCGACGGGCCGCAGAUCCAAAUGAGUCCCGGUUUUGACAUGGAUUUUUGUCUCUUCUCGCAUAGGGGGUUGUUCCUUUCUCGUGCCGCAUUGGAAUUUUUG